GAGCAGGGAUCCAACUGGAACACAGGCCACCAGCACAUCCCGAGAGACUCCGCAGUGGCCGGAGACAGAUACACAGCAUCUGGCCAGCAGGGUGUUUCGAGGAGCAGGUAUGUCUGUCCUGUACCCAUCUCUGGAGGACCUGAAGGUGGGCCAAGUCAUCCAGGCCCAAGCCAGAGCCACACCCAGGAUGCCUACACCGUCGACCUCCAUGGCUUCUGCACCCCCGCUUUCAGAGUUGUACCCAAAUUUGGCAGAAUUGGAGAGUUACAUGGGGUUGUCCCUUUCUAGCCAAGAAGUCCAGAAGAGCCUGCCUCAGAUUCCAGAUGGUGACAAUAUGAUGGUCACUAGCCCUGGGCCUGGCCAGGUGGUAGCACCAGUCUCUGGGAACAACCUGGGUGUGUUGCGUGCAGAGAUCAAGCCCGGAGUGCGUGAGAUCCAUCUGUGCAAGGAUGAGCGUGGCAAGACUGGACUGCGCCUGCAGACUGUUGACAAGGGGCUCUUUGUGCAGCUGGUUCAGGCCAAUACCCCCGCAUCCCUUGUGGGGUUGCGCUUUGGGGACCAGAUCCUGCAGAUUGAUGGGUGUGACUGUGCAGGGUGGAGCACACACAAAGCUCACAAAGCCUUGAAGAAGGCAUCGGCUGAGAAGAUCGUCAUGAUUGUGCGGGACAGGCCAUUCCAGCGGACUGUCACGAUGCACAAGGACAGCUCAGGCCAAGUUGGCUUUUUCAUCAAGAAGGGGAAGAUUGUAUCUGUGGUAAAGGGAAGCUCCGCAGCCCGUAAUGGACUUCUCACCAACCACUAUGUGUGUGAGGUGAACGGACAGAACGUGAUUGGGCUGAAGGACAAAAAAAUUACAGAGAUCCUGACUACAGCUGGAAACGUCAUCACACUGACCCUCAUUCCUACUGUGAUCUAUGAGCACAUGGUCAAAAAGUUAUCCCCGUUGCUGCUGCAGCAUACCAUGGACCACUCCAUUCCAGACAUCUGAAGUCACAGGGCAGCCCAGGCCUCCCACCAUUCUGCAGUGAAGAUGGCAACAGUUGCAGAUGGUUUGCUGCUCGGGUCUGGGCGUUUCAGGGGCAUGUCCCAGGGGGAUACAUAGUGGAUGAGUCUGUCAUUGCUGUUUCCUGACUCCUUGGAUCCUGAUUCCUAGCUAUGCUGCGGCACAGGUGUGACGCAGGCACUUGGUUCUCUGUGCUCCAGGUGCUGGGCACUUAGGCAGAACAGCAGAAUGUCACCGAGUGCUGCUGGGUCCCUUUGCAGAAUUUUGCCUCUUCUAGAAGUCAGUCACUUGACAGAGGAAUUCCUUGUGUGUUGCCUUCAUUGAUCUUUAUCACAGAUGUGUAUAGAUCACUUGUGUAACCCUUGACUGUCUGUAGGUUAGUUGUGACUCUUGACUGUAUAUCUGUAGGUUAGUUGUGACCCUUGACUGUCUGUUGUAGGUUAGUUGUGACCCUUGACUGUCUGUCUGUAGGUUAGUUGUGACCCUUGACUGUCUGUUGUAGGUUAGUUGUGACCCUUGACUGUUUGCUGUAGGUUAGUUGUGACCCUUGACUGUCUGUCUGUAGAUUAGUUGUGACCCUUGACUGUCCGUUGUAGGUUAGUUGUGACCCUUGACUGUCCGUUGUAGGUUAGUUGUGACCCUUGACUGUCCGUUGUAGGUUAGUUGUGACCCUUGACUGUCUUUUGCAUAAAGACUGGAUUUUAAACACAGCAACUUCCAUUAAAGUUCCUGGAAAUUCCAGAAUCCCAGGUCCCAUGACAUGGGGCAUGACAAGGCUGCUUUUCCUUUUGGACAGUGACCAGGCCAUGGCAUUAUCUGUGUCUCUGAGAGCAGCAGUCUGUGUGUUGUGGCAUGCUUGCCAGUCUGUCAUACGAUGUUGGCGCUGAGGGUCAGGUGGCUGUGGAAUGGCAGGGACAGGCUGACUUUGGGACCCUGCUUGAAUGGGCAUGGUUGUUUUUGUAGCUACAGAAUGGGCCAAAGAAGCCAUUUCAGGACUGCUGGGAAGAACUGGAAUAUUGUCCCAGUGCUGGGCAGGAUGUGACCUGGGAUCAGGGUGGGAAUUUUAGAUCCUGUACCUAACCCCUGAUGGGCAGAGAGGCCUGAGUCCUACACAUCAGGGCCUGGUGGGGCUGAGCCAGCCAAUAACUGGUUCCAUCUGUGUUGGGUGCCAUGGUGAGCUUCUCACCCACCCUAGCCCACUUAGAGAAAUGACACAGUACAAAGACACCAGGCUGAGGGGCUGUGUGUGUCU